UUCUCUCGUCUCACUUCACACCACCUUUACCCUCUUCUCCGUUACUUCCUCUCUCCGCACCUCCUCCCCUCCCCGUGCGUCCCCCGCACCCCUUAGAAGCCCUCACUCGCCCCCUCCGCCUCCUCUCCUCCCAUCCCCACCUCUUCCGCUCCCCUCCUCUCCUCUCUGGCCUCCUCCUGCCAAUCCUGUCCCGCCAGCUGGACGACUUCUGCAGGGCGUGCGUUGCUGAGCUGGCAGAGGGAGGAGGGGAAGUGGGAGGAGGUACUCGUGGCGAUGGUGGGAAUAGUGCCAACGGUGCAAACAGUGCGAAUGGUGCGGCUCCGGCUAGUGGCGCUACUAGAGGGGGAGUGGGAAUAGCGGAGAAAGGGGAUAAGGGAGUGGGGAGUGCAGGGAGGGGGGCAAGGGCAGGGCAAGAGGAGGAAGGCAGAGGCAUCAACCAGAGUGGCCCUGGCGUGGGUGUCGGUUCGGGUUUGGGGCUGAGCAGAGGCGUGGUGGCAAAGCUGGGCAAGCGGGUGAGUGGGGAGGAGGUGGAGAACGGGGUGCUGGCCAUGCUGGGCGUGGUGGCGCAGAUGGUGCUGGAGGCGUGCGAGGAGAUGCAGGAGGAGGGCGAGGAGGAGAGGCAGCGGCAGGAGGAGGUCACUGAGAGCUUGGAAGAGGCAGAGGGGGAGGAGGACGCGAGAGAGAGUGAGGAGGAGGAGGAGGAGGAGGAGGAGGAGCAGGGGGGGUACGGAGGCAGGAGCAGCACUUUCAGGAGCAGCAAGUGAAGGAGCAGCGGUGGCAGGGUGUGCAGAGGUGCAGCGACCUAUCUGCUUGUCAGUCGUUGCUCUUCGCCUUCCUUGAUGACCUCAUCGCCCACCAUCCCAGGCUGCUGCGCCUCCUCACCUUCCAGGGCUUCUCCCUCUCAUGUGUACCUCCCCUGGUUGCAGCCUCCCCCGCGACCCGCGCUCUCCUCCCUGCGCUCGUGCUUCACCUUCUCUCUCACACUCUCACCCACACUGCAGCUUCCACCGACUUCCUCUCAGCCGCCCUCCCCUCUGCCGUCAAGUGUGCCGCCGCCCUCCCUUCCCUCACCCCCGCUACAGUCACCCUCCUGCGUGACUGCAUGAGGGUAGCAGGGCCGCUGGGCCCCCAUCUGCCACCUCAAAUCCCCACUCUCUUUGCAGCAGCAGAGGCGGCUUGGGAGGUAAUGCUUAGGCGGCUGUCUGGGCCGUGCAGCAUUCUCCUUCCUUCCAUGGCCUAGUGCAAGGCUGCAGCCCAUGGUGCGGUGACAUGACAAUACGAGUUUUAGCCACUCAAAAAACUUGGGGUGGAUGGGGUGUGCUGCUGAGGCAGUGAUCCCAUACUUGCGGCAUUCCCUCCCCUUCUUCCGAUAGCGUAGCGCCAGUGCAGUGCACACCCAUUCCAGUAUGGCAGCACUCGUGGAAUUCCUACUUGUACACAGCUGGUUUGAAGCACCUGCACCCAUCUUGAUGUGUGUGUUAACACGGCUGGUUCGAAUUCGGG